GGGAGUUGUAGGCGCGGCGCUGAAGGCCGCGGGCCGGGCGGAGGUGAGCGGGCCGGCCGGGCGUGGGGCGUCGGCACCGCGAUGGCGCCGGGAGAGCGACUGCGGCCUGCGGGGGGAGCUGAGCCGGGCCGUAUGGGGGAGAGGAGGCUCGGGAAGGGCUCGUGGCUCCGUGAGAGGUGCUCCUAAGCACUGAGAUUGAGAAUUGCUGCUAAAAUUCGGGAGCUUUGGGCUCCGGGGCUGCCUGAAAUCCGCGGGGCUUUUGUCUGCGGGGAGCGCGCGCUGCCUGCUGCAGCCAUCGCUGUCACAGCGCCGCGAGUGAGUCUGAAACGCGGAUUCAGGGCUGGCUGCUGCUGGGCUCCUGCAGGCAGAAUUCCCGGUGAGCUGUGUGGGAAUCUGUGUGGCACCGCUGCGGAACCCGGUUUGUUUUCCUCGUUCACAGCAGCUGCACUGCAGAGGGGCCGUGCAGGAGGCGGCAGCUGAGAUGGGAAGCUUUUGUGGUACCUGGAACGUCAAGGGACUGUGGCACAAAGCGUGCAAGGGAGAUUGUUCUGUUCAUAGGAGCCUGCGUGCUGGGCACUGAGCGUGGCAGCCAUCCCUCUGGGUUCCAGAACCCCGUCAGGUGCUGCUGCACGACCCCAUGGUCACCUGUAGGGAUGGGAAUUUGGGGUUGGUGUUCACGAGGCAGCAUUCAGUUCUGGCUGCUUGGGCUGGAGCUGUGAAUUCCAGACCCUGCAGAGGUGAGGGGUUGUGGGCUCCGGGGAUGUGAUGCUGAAGCUUUGGGGAAGGCAGCAGCCCGCGGGGUGCAGGUGGCUCAGCCAUGCUCAGCCUGGGCUCUGCUUGUUGCUGCGCUUCCUGCCAGCUCCGAGGAAUCCUUAGAGAGGCAGUGAUUGAUUCCCACCCUGAUUUAUUUAUAAAAUCUUUCUUUCUCGUGCUGCUCUCCGUGCUAUUUUUUAAAUGCGUUUGGCUGUCAAGGUGUCUAAAGCUGGAGAAUUGCUUUUGGAGUUUAUCUCCCAGUCUAUCCAUCUUCGGCAUUUAUCAGGUGCCGUUACAUCUCACACAGAGAAUGUAAGGCUCCUGGGGGUGAGAUUCCCUGCUGCAUCUGCAGCAGCUGGGCGGCCCCAAGCACUGUGCACCAGAGCAGCUGGCUUACUGCCCCAAAGGAGUUCGUCGGGUUCUUCUUUGGGGUGAGGGUGGGCGCAGAAUUCCCUCCCUCACGUGGCAGCUCAGUUGGUUGUCUGCAGCCCCAGGUUGCGUUCCUGGCCCUGGUGCAGCUCCAGGGAUCCCUGGGCUCUCAGGGUCUCCGUGGUCUCCGAGCAGAGCCGGCAUCCCAUCAGGUGGCAGAAAUGGGGAGCUCAGAGCUGAGCUGGCCCUGCCAUGCAUAUGCAGCAGACAGCGCCGUGCCAGUCCCUGAGGGACAGAAGAUAUGCUGUCAGGUCUCACCUCUUCCUCUGUCUGCCAGCCCUCCAUGAUUUGAGUUCUUCUCCUUUGGAAGCAGGCACUGUAAAUCUCUGCUCCUUCGGCAUGUCCUUCUCCGUCCCUGGGCACCGAGGCUCUGCCUGACAGCUCUGGGGCUGCGUGAGCUGCUCUGCAGGGGGAGAGAUGGGGAAAAGAUACUUCUGUGAUUACUGCGACCGCUCCUUCCAGGACAACCUGCACAACAGGAAGAAACACCUCAACGGAGUGCAGCAUCUCCGGGCUAAGAGGGCCUGGUACGACUUGUUCCGAGAUGCUGCCGCUAUCCUGCAAGAGGAGCAGAGCAAGAAGCCGUGUCGGAAGUUUCUACAAACAGGGCAGUGUGACUUUGGGUCCAACUGCAGAUUUUCCCACAUGACGGAGCAGGACCUGGAGAAGCUGAGUGCACAGGUGCAAGGGGAGCAGAGAUUGAGGGAGCUGCGGCAGGAAGGGGCGGAAAUCCCACCCGGCACCAUUGAGAACUGGCUGGAGAAGAGGGCCAAGAGGCUGAGCGUGGCUCAGAGCAACAGUGCCCUGCCUGAGAAACCCACACCCUUCCAGUACCCCCCCGGCUGGCCCCCUCUGCAGGAGCUGCCCCCGUCCCUGCGGGCCCCCCCACCGGGGGGUUGGCCAGUGCCCCCCGGCCUGCAGUGGGGCUGAGGCAGCAUGCUGGGACUGGACUUCUUCCUAGUGUGAGAACGAGACCAGAUUAUUUAUAUAUCCUUUUAUAUUAAUAAAAUUCUCCCCCUGUUGCA